ACACCCUUCUUAGGGCUGUGUGUUUCCUCCCGGAAGACACACAGUAAUGUCUCAUGGAGAAAUUACGAAGACUGGUGAGUCAAAUAGCCCACACUCCACCAUCCGAAAGACACACCAAUCUCCCUACUUCCCAACUAUCUCUCAUCCCUCUCCUCUCCUUCGCUUCCUCUCUCUACGGCUUCGCUGUCUUCCUCCGCCACCGCUUCUACCACUUGGGUCUGCUCCGCCAAAGCCGGCUGCCGGUGCCGGUGAUUAGUGUUGGGAAUUUGACGUGGGGAGGAAAUGGGAAGACGCCGAUGGUUGAGUUCAUUGCUCGCUGGUUGGCUGAUUCUGGAAUUUCACCUCUCAUUCUUACUAGAGGAUAUGCUGGUGGGGAUGAAGCAAAAAUGCUUCAAAUGCAUCUUUUGGGCACAUCUGCCAAGAUUGGUGUAGGUGCAAAUCGAGCAGCCACUGCUACUAGUUUUCUUGAAAGGUACAGUUACAUGGAUCCCUGUAUUGGUUCAUGCUUCAAGGGACGCUGUUCUAACCAGAAAAUGGGAAGUAAUUUGGAGUCGGACAAAAUAGGAGCUGCAAUUUUAGACGACGGAAUGCAGCAUUUGAGCCUGUGGCGUGACAUUGAGAUUGUAAUGAUAAACGGGAUGAAUCCAUGGGGAAACAAGAAGCUACUACCACUUGGACCAUUAAGGGAACCUUUAGCUGCCCUCUGUCGAGCAGAUAUUGUUGUCCUCCAUCAUGCAGACUUGGCUGAUAACGAGAAUAUAAAUGCCAUUGAGUCUACACUGAAGAAAAUCAAAGAAUCUAUGCCUGUUUUCUUCACCAGAAUGGCUCCUUCGUAUUUUUUCAAAGUCAAAGACAAUUCCUGUAAAUUGCCUUUGAGGUCUGUGGAUAACACGGUUGUAUUAUGUGUUUCUGCAAUUGGUUUUGCGAAUGCCUUUGUGCAGGGAAUUGAAAGGAUAGGAGCAUUGCAGGUGGAUCGAUUAGACUUCAGCGACCAUCAUUUAUUUCAAAUUAAGGAUAUUGAAAGUAUUAGAACGAGACUUCAUAUUCUUCAGGCCAAGUUUGGUUCGAAGCCCGUGGUUAUCUUCACAGAAAAGGACUAUUAUCGAGAGCCGGAGAUCCUCAAACAUCUGGAUCCUUUUGAAGUAUUGGUACUCUGUUCUGAAUUGCAAAUUGUACCUCGAAAGGGACAUACAGAAGUUAGCUACCAGGAUUUAUUGAGACAGCUUCUGGAAGCAAAAGUAUCAGGCAUAAACAAGCCUUAAAGUUGCAUUGCUGCGAGUUGAAUGGUCAGUAUUGAUGGAUGCCAUCCGGUAUUCUAAACUGGCAAAGAACCAGAAAAAUUGUCUAUGCAAGAGACCUGGAUGUUUUCAGCUCAGAACAAUCACGAAACAUAUCCUUUCAGCGGCAAACAAGCCAGCAGCUUGAACAAGUCAAGCGAAAAUGCCAUGCAUUACGCGAGCCGAUGUGAAUAUCAUAUCACGGACUUAGAUGGAUGGUUGGCCAUCUGGUUUUCCUUGUUUUUGCAUGCCCUUGGUAAGAUCUCAUUGCCUACCUCAUGAUAUAUGUGUGCUUUGUUGGUGCUCAAUUUGACGAAUUUCACUUAUAUUCAAGCUGUUUCCCAGCUUCCUGAAAGUAGAUUUGUUCUCUUUUUAUCCCCCUGUUCCCCGUACGUCUGCAGAUGAUAGCAAAAGGAAAUGAUUUUUGACCGUUGCAUUGUGCAUUUUUCUUGUCAUGGUUUAGAAUGCAAAACUUAGAAUUGUGGCAAUACAAAAGGCUUAGGAAAAGGCUGUGGUACUUUGUAAAUAGUAGCUGAAAUGAGAUUUUACGGAUGCAGUGGAAAUUUAGAUGACGUCAGUAUUGUUGGGUUUGUGAA